AUGUGGUGGCUAGUGUUGUGCACGGUCUUUGUUUGUUCGAACAGGGGUGCCUAUGGUUCGCUUGCUGACCAAAUGGCGGAGACCACGCAGCUGUGCUGCAACCAGGGCACUUCUUACGCCAGGAACCACACCUCCGACGACUGCUCCUCAUCAGUGCCGCCGGACGUGUCGCCUACCUUCAGCACGCUUUGCAUCUUCGCGAUGGAUCAGUGCUGUAAAGAAUACUUUCAGAAGAUGCAUGACUGCGAAACCGGCAUAGAAUUGGCAAGAGACUCAAAAACCUGCAAGUCAACGAAUGACGCAACAAAGAAAUGCUGCGAUGAGUGCAUUAAGGGUUCGGCGGCUGGGGUCGCGGGGGGCACGAGAUUUUGCGCGGCGAGGGCACGCGGAACCAGUGCGGAGCAUCUACUAGCAGGGGAUGCCUUCAACCAAUGUUGUCAGAAAUCGGCCAAGCAGUCUGGGGAGAGCGAAGGGGUUACUCGCCGAGCUGGUAACGGGAUCGUGACGCGAAAGCCUUUGGAAGAUGAUCUAAUUUCGGUGUGCGACGACUUCGCCCCGAACGAGCUCUGCGCCCACCACUGCAUUCCUAUACCUGGCUCAUACAAGUGCCAGUGCAAUCCUGGAUUUAUGCUGAUGUCCGACGGAAGGAAUUGUAUGGAGGUCACAAAGAACAGGUGUAAGCCACACAACCCUUGCCAGCACAAGUGCAACGACAACGGAGUAACAGUUAAAUGCUCUUGCAGGAGAGGAUAUCGGCUAAUGGCUGACGGGAAGUCUUGUGAAGAUAUUGACGAGUGCGUUUUGGACCCGCCCGUAUGCCUGCCGAACACUCAAUGCGUGAACAUACAGGGCUCGUACAAAUGUAUCCCAAUGAAGAAGAUCAAUAACUCUGAGAAGGGACAAUGUCCGCCUGGGUUCGCGAAGAAUCUUCUCAACAACGCCUGCGAUGAUAUAAACGAGUGCGAGCUACCGCAACCGCCAUGCCCUCCGUACCUUUGCGAGAACACAGUGGGCGCGUACAAAUGCGGGGGGGUAACCGGGGAUCCGGCCAACUUGCCCAAGAAACCGCAUUCUGCAACCGAGGAUCGCUGUCCCCCGGGAUUCAAAGGCGGUUUGAACGAAGAGUGCGAAGACGUUGAUGAAUGGGUUCCUUUUACUGCCAAGACAAGGUUUCCAAGCACUGGCCCGCCUGGCUUCAAAAUCGACCCAAAUACCAAUAAAUGUGAAGAUAUCAAUGAGUGUGAAGAAGAAGAAGGCAUCUGCAAGCCUGGACAGCAGUGUGUCAAUUUGCCGGGAGAGUAUAACUGCAGAGCGAUUUCCGAGGUGUCGAGCACUGAUUUGAAUAAAAAAUGUUCAGAUGGCUUAAGAUAUCACACCGCUUCUCAUGAGUGUGAAGAUAUCGACGAAUGCGUUGAAGGCACUCACAUCUGCGAUCAAUAUCAAACCUGUCGUAAUACUUAUGGCAGCCACGAGUGCCACUGUAAACUAGGUUUUGAACUGGACUCAACCACUGGAGCUUGUGUUGACAUAAACGAGUGCGCCACUGACCAGAACGACUGUAUAGCUCAGUCGCAGCGGUGCGACAACACAGUCGGCUCGUACCUUUGCAUCAGGUUCAUAUCCUGCGGCACCGGCUACAUACUGCACCAUUCCUCGAGCAGAUGCGAAGAUAUCGACGAGUGCGCACUUGGGACCCACAACUGCGCGCGAGCUGGUCCCGAGUACCAGUGCCACAACAUACCUGGCUCCUUCCGCUGCGUCAGGCCCAAAGCUACCACGACCAGUACCACCCCCGCACCGGAGUAUGAGUACGAGUACUACGACUCUGCUGAAGAAAUGGAUGUAAAAAAUACGAAUAGCUCACAACCAGCUCCUAAACCUGAAGCAACAGCUGAACCCGUAACGACGUCGACAACAACACCGAAACCCACAACGAGCAGCGAGGCUCCACAGUUAACGACACAGAAGGCUGUAGAAGUGACGGCGACCGCCCGUCAGGAAAUAAUAACAGAAAAAACUGUUGAAUUACCAACGGAGGUCAGUCCAGAUGACAGCGUGUACAACAACAGCAUAUACUCGAUUUACAGUAACAAACCGGAACCAGCUUUCCAUGAGGCGAUCCUACCACCAGAAACCUACAACGAACCGUCGACAACGGACAGAAGGAACGAGCAACCAGAAAACGGUGGUUACUCACCCACGGAGCCAGCAAAGUCCAAGGAUCUCGCCCUAGAACCGCCUGCUACUUCCGCUCCAAAAGCAACCGAGCCAGACCAGUACGAAAUAUCGUAUAUACCAGAUGACAGAAAAGUAGAAGAGCCAAAUCACACACUCAGCAGUCUACCCACCGGUCCGGAGUACAAUUUUAUCCCUGAACACCGUCCCGGAGUACUGGCAAAUGAUUCAGUUCAGACAGAAGCGUCUGCACCGAUGACGGAGACGAGCAACAAGAUCCCAAUAGAAACGGAUCACAAUCCAGAGUGGCCAACACUGCCUUCCAUAUAUGUCGACGUGGGGAAGGAGACCGCUACAGUCAGGGGGGAGAAGGCGCCAGACGGUUCCGUUGUCGUCGACACAAACGACGUCCCGACGAACGAGUGGACGAAAAUAAACGCGAAGCCGGCGGACUGUCAGUUCGGCUUCGAAAUGGACGAAUAUGGGGCUUGCUUCGAUAUCGACGAGUGCGCCACCAACCGCCACAGCUGCUCGGGCCUGACGGAGGUGUGCCGAAACACCAUGGGCGGAUACCUCUGCGACUGCGCGGCCGGCUUUCGAAGGGACCUGGCUUCAGGGGCAUGCGCUUUCAUCACCACGUCCACGUCCACCACAACGACCACUACGACAACCACCACCACGACGACGCCGCCACCGCCACCUCCGCCCCCACCAUCUUCGACCACCGAACGAAGCUUUUUCUACGGAUAUCGAGACUAUCGAAAGUUCACGAUGAGGCCGUUCAAACCAAGAAAUAUUUGUGACGUUGGCUUUCACUACAAUUCGAAGACUGCUACAUGCGAAGAUAUAAACGAAUGCACGAACGGUCAAGCGAACUGCGCUGCGGUCGAGAUAUGCGUAAACACGGAAGGCGGCUAUCGCUGCGAAUGCCCACCAAACUGGAAGCUGGACGAAGUCAGGCAUCGGUGCAUCCCCCUUAAAAGCAAUGGACUGUUCCCGCUGGGCUAUGGAAACGAACCUUUAUAUCCACCUGUAGACCCCAACGAGGUUGUAAGUCAUGGAGCAGAGGGUAAAGAAUUCGUAGAGCCUGACAUAACCCAGGUUGAAAGGGGCUCGGUGAGAAAGUGUCCAUGGGGAUAUAAACUGGGCGAUGAUUAUAACUGUCAAGAUAUCGACGAAUGCCUCACUGGUGAAGCGAAAUGCGGUUUCAUGCAGCUGUGUACGAACCUGCCUGGUGGGUACACGUGCAGCUGUCCACGUGGGCACAGGCUGAUUGGAGACCACGAGUGCGAAGAUGUCGACGAAUGCGUCAUGGGGGGUGGCGUUCCCGUUUGCUCACAGAAUGCCGAUUGCAUUAACACCCUGGGCUCCUACCAGUGCCGUUGUCACAACGGUUUCAGAUCGGCACCAGUCAAUGAUAAGGUUUGUGUGGACGUGGACGAGUGCACGGAGAACCGAGCUGGUACUCUGUGCCAGCAACGUUGCAACAACGUGUGGGGUGGAUACCGAUGCUCCUGCCAUAGGGGCUACCGACUUAAUCCCGAUAACAGCACAUGUUCGGACGUCGACGAAUGCACGGAAUUCAAAUCGAAGAACCUUUGCAUUGGAAGGUGCUUAAACGAGCCUGGCAGCUACCGUUGUUCUUGCCCUUCAGGAUACAGACUCUCAGAAGACAAAAGAAGCUGCAUAGAUAUCGAUGAGUGUGAGACGGGAGAGGCGCCGUGUGCCAAGAGCGGUACAUCCGGCAGCACAAGUGACGUGUGUGUUAACACGCGUGGAAGCUACCGCUGUCACCGCAUCACCUGCCCCCAGGGCUACCAUCUGGAGAGCAGGCAUCGCUGCACUAAAAUUGAGAGUGUUUGUCCGCCGUCCGACUGGAAUUGCGCACACCAACCGUCCACAUACUCCUAUAACUUUAUAACUUUCGUAUCCAAGCUAUACAUUCCAGCAGCGAAGGUUGAUCUAUUCACUAUGCGUGGACCAGCGUGGCCAUACGCCAAGAUGAGGUUCGAACUGAGAUUGAUGGAGGUGAACGCGCCACCGACGGUCAAAGAACGGGCCGAUAUCAACUCCUUUUUACUGGUGCAAAAGGCGAACCAAGGCGUCGUAUCGCUGGUGAGAUCGCUCGAGGGACCACAGAGUAUAGAACUGGAACUGUCUAUGGAGCUCUACAAUAAGGAGCAGUUUGGCGGCAUAGCGGUCGCGAAAUUGUAUCUAUACGUAUCGGAAUACGAGUUU